AUGGCUACCGUCGGCGAGAAGGCCGAGCGCCAUGGCAGUCUCGACGCUACAGAGGCCAAAGCCGACCACAUUCCCGUUGUGUCGACAAUGGACGGCUUUGAGUCUAGGGCGACGGCCGCCCGCGCUGCCAACGACGAGGAGCACGAGACGACGAUCCGAGCAGGCCUCGAGAUACAUCGUAAAGCCGUCACGUGGUCCCUCGUCAUCUCAAUGUCCAUCAUCAUGGAGGGCUACGACACCAAUCUCAUUGGCAACUUCUUCGCCUACCCGGCCUUCAAAGAGCAGUUUGGUGUCGAGAUCGAGCCUGGUGUCUUCCAGCUCCAAGGUCAGUGGCAGAGUGCCCUCAACUCGGUAGCCACGGCUGGCUGCAUCAUUGGCGCCUUUCUCAACGGCUUCCUCAUCGACAGGUUUGGCUUUCGAUCAACAUUCCUGGUAUCCAUGGCCUUUAUGAUUGCCUUUAUCUUUCUCUCGUUUCUCGGCAAGACAGUACUCAUCCAGACGGUGGGCCAGGCCUUGUGUGGAAUCCCCUGGGGUGUCUUUGCGACCAUUGGGCCAGCCUAUGCAUCUGAGGUGCUACCCCUGGCCCUGCGCCCAUACCUUACUGCCUACACCAAUAUCUGCUUCUGCAUCGGCCAGCUCUUCAGUUCCGCCGUGCUCAAGGGCCUCGUGGGACACGCUGACCAGUGGAGCUACCGCAUCCCUUUUGCCAUACAGUGGCUCUGGCCCGCACCACUCAUGCUGGCAGCAUGGUUCAUGCCUGAAUCCCCUUGGUGGCUCACCCGCAACGCCAAGUAUGAAGAGGCUGAGAGAACAGUGCUUCGCAUCUCCAACGUCUCCCAGGAACAGGCCAAGAAUAAGAUUGCCAUGAUGGUCCGCACCAACCAAAUCGAGCAGGAUAUGGUGGAAGGCAGCUCCUAUCUGGACUGCUUCCGUGGCCCCAAUGCCAGACGCACCGAGAUCGCCUGCAUGGUCUUUGCCGGCCAGGUCCUCUCCGGCUCCUCGUUUGCCUACAGCGCCACCUACUUCUUCGAGCAGGCUGGCAUGACCUCCGAGAUGGCCUCCAACCUCGGCUUGGUGGGCACAGGCAUCGCGUUCUGCGGGACCGUCUUCUCUUGGUUUCUGAUGAACAAGUUUGGCCGUCGCAAGCUGUACAUUGCCGGCAUGAUGGCCAUGAUCACUGCCCUCUGCGUCAUUGGCGUCCUCCAAGUGCCCAACCACGAUAAGAUACCCAGCUUGCGCUGGGUACAGUCGGCGCUCUGCAUCUGCUGGCUGCUGAGCUUCUCCCUGACCGUCGGUCCUGUGGGCUGGACGAUCCCUGCCGAGGUGUCAUCGACGCGUCUGCGAUCGCAGAACAUAUGCCUGGCACGCAAUGCCUACUAUAUCGCGCAGCUCAUUGCGAAUGUCAUCCAGCCGUACUUUAUGAACCCGACAGAGCUCAACUGGAAGAGAUUCACAGGCUUCUUCUGGAUGGGGACCGCGUCUCUAACCCUCCUCUGGGCUUUCUUCCGUCUCGCUGAGACCAAGGGGCGCACAUUUGAGGAGCUCGAUGUCAUGUUUGGUGAUCGCGUGCCCACGCGCAAGUUCGGCUCCUACGUCGUCGACGCCUAUCAUGAUGUGACGAUCCAGGAACAAAAGGCCGUUGACGUCCAGGCAAUGCACGACACAGACAAGGUCUGA